CCUCACUCGAACUCCCACGCCACAAACGAAGAAACGCCACGAUGAGAUUCCCAAAGACCACUGUGAUAACCUUCUUAUCCACCCCCAUCCUGCUCGCCUCGGCGCAAUGCAACCUCCCGGCAACCUACAGCUGGACCUCAACACCCGCCCUCGCAACCCCCCAACACUCCUUCGUCUCCCUAAAGGAUUUCACCGCAGUCCCCUACAACAACCAACACCUCGUCUAUGCCUCCUACGCGACCGCUGAAGGCAACUACGGCUCCCUUAAUUUCUCCCCAUUCAGCAACUGGGCCGACAUGAGCACCGCAACUCAGAACACCAUGUCCAGCGGCACCGUCGCGCCAACGCUCUUCUACUUUGCUCCGAAGAAUAUCUGGAUCCUCGCGUACCAGUGGGGCCCCACGGCCUUUUCAUACAAGACCUCGUCCGAUCCAACCAACGCAAAUGGGUGGAGCGGGGCCUUCCCCCUCUUCGAGGGCUCGCUCCCCGCCGGUGAAUCCGACACGGGCGUCAUCGACCAGACGGUGAUUGGCGAUGACACGCAUAUGUACCUCUUCUUUGCGGGAGAUAACGGGAAGAUCUACCGCGCGAGUAUGCCCAUCGACUCAUUCCCGGGGUCCUUUGGGACGCAGUACGAGGUUAUCCUGCAGGAUACCCGUGAGAACCUCUUUGAGGCCGUGCAGGUGUACAGCUACGCCGAUGCAUCGGGGACGACGCGGUAUCUGAUGAUCGUGGAGGCGAUGGGUGGUAAUGGGCGGUAUUUCCGCGCGUUUGGCGCGGAUUCCCUUGGAGGGCAGUGGAGUGUCCUGGCGGGCGCAGGGAGCGAGAGUAGCCCGUUUGCGGGCAAGGCGAAUGUAAACUUUAAUGGCGCAGCGUGGACGAAGGAUAUUAGCCAUGGGGAUCUGGUGCGCGUUGAUGCGGACCAGAGGAAUCUGGUUGAUAGUUGUAACUUGCAGUUGCUGUAUCAGGGGAGGGAUCCGAAUUCUGACGGUGCCGGGUACAAUCUGUUGCCGUAUCGGCCGGGGGUGUUGACAAUGGUUUAG